UUCAUGAUCAACAACAUGGCCAUGAAAUUAGUUAUAGAGACAGUGAAGGCGAGAUUCCCUAGGGUGCCGUAUAUCUCAACUGGAGAGUUGUGGCAGCUUAUGAAAAAAGGCAGUUCAAGUCAGAAGUUAGUCUUGUUGGAUGUUCGAGAAGAGAAGGAAUUUCAAGUUAGCCAUCUUUGCAGUGCCAGGCAUGUUGACCCAUCAACAAAAGACAUGGACAGUCUCAUGAAAACUAUUUGUGAAACAGAGAAAUCAUCUGAAGACAGUGUUCAGGUUGUGUGCUACUGUUCUGUGGGUUACAGGUCAAGCGCUCUUGCUCAGGAGUUGUUGUCUGAAAUGAGAAAGCCUGCUUAUGAAGAAAUAAAAUCGAAGAUUAGGAUUUAUAAUUUGGAAGGUUCAAUCUUUAAAUGGGCCAAUGAGGGUAAAGACCUCGAAGACAACAGAGGAAGGAAGACUACAGUCGCACACCCUUACAGUAGUCUGUGGGGAAAGUUACUGAAUGCAGAGCUGCGGUGCUCAGAACCCUCUGAAUCUGAUGAGAAUCAAGAGAUAGAUCAGAAUAAUUCAUCACCAAAAUCAAGUAAAAUGUGAAUGGUUGAGAAAAGAUUGGUAACAGGCAGGAAGCUCAAAAUUAGUUGUUGCCAGAGCAGAACAAACAUUUAGAGUCAUAUUACUGUCUUCAAAAAGUAGCAUACUAGGCUACAUUAUUAAUCCUUUCACUCCUCAGAGUGACCAAACAGAAAUAUUCGCACGUUUUCAAAUAAAAAGGUGAUAAGAAGCAAAGAAACAAAAUUUGAGAUACACACAAUCUGAUUGUCCAUUUACUAUGACAUCGGAAACCAACUGAUUGAUUUAAAAGUAUCGGUGCUAAAUAAAACGACGUUUGAUAGGA